AUGCUCCGUACGCUCAUUGUAGCCGUGUGCGUGUUAGCUCAGGGCCUGGCGUUGCCCACCAGGGCGCGGCCCGUGUUCCUUGGCCGGGGUCGGGUCAUCGGAGGCAGUGAUGCCAGCAUCUCUGACUACCCUUACCAGGCGUCGCUGCUGCUAGAUGGCUCCCAUUUCUGCGGCGCUUCCAUCAUUAGCGGGACCUGGACUCUCACUGCCGCCCACUGCGUCUUGGGUACGUCCGCAAGCAGGCUGGGCAUGCGCGUAGGCACGACGACACGUGACAGCGGCGGCAGUGUUCACAGCGCGUCCUCCGUUACGUGGCACGAGAGUUACAAUGUCUACACGAAUGACUACGACAUCGCAGUAGUGCAGAUCUCUGACUCCUUCCCCCUGGGAGCUAACGUGCAGGUUGUGAGUCUGCCUGCCGCGAAUUACGACCCACCUGGCGGCCUCGCUGCCACGCUCACCGGCUGGGGCUCGGUGCAGUUCAACGGCGGCGUGGUGGACACCCUCCAGAAGGUGGACCUCAGCGUCAUGGACCGGCAGGCGUGCCAGAGCUACAUGGACUCGACGCCGGCGCCGCCGCUCGAGGUGACGCAGCGCAUGGUGUGCGCCGGCGAGGCGGGGCGAGCUGCGUGCCAGGGCGACUCCGGGGGCCCGUUGGUGAGCGCCGGGACGCAGGUCGGCGUCGUCUCGUUCGGCAUGUACGCCGCCUGCGAGAGCUCCGGCACAGUCUUUGCCAACGUCGGCAACCUGCGGGCCUGGAUUACCAGCAAGACCAACGUCUAG